GUCAAAUUCCACUCCACAAUUUUCCUGUGUGCUCACUUCUACACUUCACAACGACACUUCUACAACUCUGUGGUCUGUUCCCUACUGAAAGUAGGAACCUUUGACUCGGGCAAUAUGUUUGCAUUAAAACACCCAGUGGCAGAUUCGAUCCCACGCCCCACCCUGACCCGGCUGGCACGAGAGUGGCUGGCAGAGGACACGCCGAACUUUGACCCUGCAGGAGUGUGUGUGGGAUCAGCCGUAGUUGAGGCAAGGCUGCUGUGUAAAACUCCUCACACCGUCCUGGCAGGGAGCCCUUUCUUCACGGCAGUGUUCACGGAGGUGGGAUGCACCGUGGACUGGAUUUACCAGGAUGGAGAUGAGAUUGGCCCGGAGGGCGUGACCCUGACUGCUGUGGUGAGAGGCCCAGCGAGAGACCUCCUGCUCGGGGAACGGCCGGCUCUGAACUGCCUGGCCCGCGCCUCCGGGAUCGCCACCCGCUGCUCUCGGCUCCAAGCCAUGGCAAAGGCUAGCCACUGGCACGGGGAGGUGGCCGGCACACGCAAGACCACCCCGGGCUUCCGGCUGGUGGAGAAGUACGCCAUGCUGGUGGGCGGCGUGUCCAUGCACAGGCAGGACCUGAGUGGGAUGGUGAUGCUGAAAGACAACCACGUGUGGGCCUCCGGCAGCAUCACAGAGGCGGUGACGGCGGCCCGGUCCGUGUGCGGCUUCAGCAGCAAGGUGGAGGUGGAGUGCUGCUCCGUGGAGGAGGGCAGGGAGGCUGCAGCAGCGGGGGCCGACAUCGUCAUGCUGGACAACCUUCAACCUCAGGAGCUCCACGCUGCAGCACGCAGCCUGAAGAGCCACUUCCCAUCCCUCCUGAUAGAAGCCAGCGGAGGAGUGGGCCCUGAUAACAUAGCCCUGUACUUCUCCUCACACGUAGACGUCAUCUCCCUGGGCUGCAUAACGCAAGGAUGUCCAGUUGCAGACUUUUCUCUCAAGGUUCAAAAGCCUUGAGCAAACAGCACAAAAUAAAACAUCUAUGA